GCUCAGAGCGAGUCGUCGUCACGAACAGAGGAGCGCUGCAGGUACAAACUGAAAUUAUGUUUGCCAGAGAGCCAUCGCUUCGUUAACUCUCUGUCUCUCGCAGCGCCACAGAGCGGACAGAGGAACGGACAAAAUCCGUGAAGCAUCAUGGGAGGUGGCAGAUGGACGAGCUGGCCGUGGGAGGAGAAGAGCCUGUGAUGCACCAUGGAGCAGAGCUUCAGUUUGCAUAUGCUGAAGAAGCUAGCUGCUGAACCAGAUUACACCGACGUUUCCCUGCCAGCAGUAGAACGCGUCCGAGCCCUUGGAAAGAUGGGGUGUAGUGUAGACAUCAAUGAAGACAUUGACCCACGCAGAUAUUUCCGCUCCGGCGUGGAGAUGGAGCGCAUGGCAGCAGUUUACCUGGAGGAGGGCAGUCUGGAGAAUGCAUACGUCCUCUACAACAAGUUCAUCACGCUGUUUGUUGAGAAGCUGCCAACUCACAGAGACUAUCAUCAGUGCAGCAUCCCAGAGAAACAGCUGAUCAUGAAGAAACUUCAGGACGUGGCCUUUCCUCGUAAAGACGAGCUCAAGAAACGUCUUGAGGACAAAUACAGCAGAGAACACAGCCAGUACCUCAGAACGCAGAACCAGACUGUGGUGGUGGAUGGGUGUGGCCAGCAGCUCCAGCACCUCUCCCUAUUGGAUGAGGACAGGAGGCGGUUCUUGUUGUUGGAGGAGGAGAGACAGCGUGUUGCCGCUCUCCACCGCAUGCAGAUCGAGUCCCAACAAUUUCGCUACUUUGAGGACCAGCUCCGACGUCAGGAACUGGCCAAUAGGAGAGUAGAGGGGGCGGAGCAAAAGGUGAACCUCAAAGUGUCUGAGGUGACGGACGGCUGCUGUCUGUCUGCUCAGCCAAUCAGAACCAGCAUACAAUCCCCGGGGGAGGAUCCAAACAGGAACAAACCACAUUCUUCCCUCAGCCAAUCAGCUGCUACAUUGGCUGGCGUGCACACGGAGCGUGUGCCGGGUUUGAGGAAAGUCGUGAUUCCUCGCGAUCUGACUCACCGCUUCCUCCUGCUGGCCAACCUCAACACUGCCAGAGGAAUAGAAACCUGUGGUGUUCUGUGUGGAAGACUGACGCACAAUGAGUUCUUGUUGACUCACGUUGUGGUUCCAAAGCAGUCAGCCGGUCCAGAUUUCUGUGACAUGGAGAAUGUGGAGGAGCUUUUCAGCUUCCAGGAUCAGCAGAACCUGCUGACGCUGGGCUGGAUCCAUACUCAUCCCACUCAGACGGCUUUCCUGUCCAGCGUUGAUCUGCACACUCACUGUUCUUAUCAGCUGAUGCUGCCAGAGGCUGUCGCUGUCGUCUGUGCACCCAAACACAAUGACACCGGUGUGUUCAGGUUGACAUCCCCGGGGAUGUUGGAGGUUUCUGGCUGCAGACUUAAAGGUUUUCAUCCUCACUCCAAAGAUCCACCGCUGUUCACGGUGUGUAAACAUGUGGAGGUGAGAGACUCCAGGGUCAUCCUGCUGGACCUCAGGUGACAGACAGGGGGCGCUGUCUGUUUGAAGGCUAAGCUUCUUGUGCGUGUGUUUGACGUAAUGUUUGUUACACUUUUUUCAAAUUGCUGUGUGUUUGGGAUUUUUUGAACAUUUUGAAGAGUUCUCAGUGAUUAGUCAAUGAUGCCCUGACAAUUUCUUCUUUGUGUACAAAGAAAAGGUUUGUGGCUUGUGAAAAGCUGCUGACACUGAAGUAUUUCACACAUCCUGAUGGCAGAAAGGAGACAUUUUUUAAACUUCAAACAACUGAAAUCAGAAUUUCAAAAUGCUGAAAAUUCUGUAAUAGCGACAUCUAGUGGGCACCAAUUGGACAGCAGGCUGCUGUUGUGACAAAGUUCCUUCAAUU